AUGGCCUACAACCACGCCACCAGCACCUACAUCCUCAUCUUCCUGACCAUCAUCUUCGGCCUUGUCGGCGGCUACGUGAUGUUCUUCGGCAUCCCCCCAGAGCUCAAGUCCUGGCUCCAAGAAGAAGCCCUCGAGUACAUGGGCGAGAACAAGGCCAGCUACCUCGCCAAAGCAGGCAUCGACGCCAUCCCCGAGGGUGAUCAGAAGGUAGCUCCAGCCCUCUUCAGUCAAUUCUGGUGCAGAAAGGGAAGAGAUUUGAGUGCUAACGGCGUGAUGCAGGAACUCAAGCAGGCCCGCAACAAGAUCAAGCAGAUGGGCGGUGGAGCGCUGCAGAACCCGCUCGGCAAGUUUGCCGGCGAUGCUGGGGAUGAUAUGCAGAAGGAUUUCACGAAGAAUUUCGGUUAA